CGAUGUACACUCCGGCAUGGGCUGCAUGUAAUAAUAUGUGGGCGGGGUUUCUCGAUUGCAGUCCCUCCACUGGGCUUUCGCUGGAAGAAGAUUUCUUCACAGAAGUAGUUGUCUUGUGCUGGCAGAAUUAGAUCCCGUGCGCUGGGUAGUGCAAUGCUGUAACUCGCCUCUGAUAAACAUUUUCACCUCGUUUUGCACCUUGCCAUCCUUCCCAGGGAUCACACAGGGGGCUGCCGACCCGUCUCCCUCUCUCUGUGUGAGGACUCCGUUUUGCGGCUUGGACUUUAGUAUUUAUUGGGGAAGCCUGUCUGGAGCAAGGAGCGACUCGGAUCUUUGGAUGCCCAUGGAGGGAGACGUUAUGGACAAACUGGAUGAUAUGGCCUCUGUGAGUGAGUUUGACCCCAUCACAGGCAAUAUUCCAGCCACCAAAGUCGAGAUUACUGUGUCUUGCAGGAAUCUUUUAGAUAAAGAUACAUUCUCCAAAUCAGACCCACUCUGCGUCCUGUACAUUCAAGGAGUUGAAUCCAAGCAGUGGAGAGAGUUUGGAAGAACAGAAGUGAUUGACAACACAUUGAACCCAGACUUCAUCCGGAAAUACAUCCUAGAUUACUUCUUUGAAGAAAAACAGAAUCUACGCUUUGACUUUUAUGACGUGGAUUCAAAAAGCCCAGAUCUGUCUAAACAUCCCUCCGAACUCAACGACUUUCUCGGGCAGACUUUCUGCACUUUGGGGGAGAUCGUGGGCUCACCAGCAAGCCGUCUGGAGAAGCCCUUGGGUGGGAUCCCAGGGAAGAAAUGCGGGACGGUGAUUUUAUCUGCAGAAGAGCUUGGCAACUGCAGAGACAGUGCGACUAUGCAGUUCUGUGCCAACAAGCUGGACAAGAAGGAUUUCUUUGGGAAGUCAGACCCGUUCAUGGUCUUUUACAGAAGUAAUGAAGAUGGAACGUUUACAAUCUGUCACAAAACGGAAGUGGUGAAGAAUACCCUGAAUCCAGUGUGGCAAGCGUUUGCAAUCCCAGUCCGGGCCCUCUGCAAUGGGGACUAUGACAGAACAAUCAAGGUGGAGGUGUACGACUGGGACCGGGAUGGGAGCCAUGACUUUAUUGGAGAAUUUACAACCAGCUACCGAGAGCUAGCCAGAGGACAAAGCCAGUUCAAUGUGUAUGAGGUGGUAAAUCAAAAAAAGAAAAUUAAGAAAAAGAAAUACACCAACUCAGGAACAGUUACGUUGCUGUCCUUCACAGUGGAAUCAGAGUACACAUUCCUCGACUACAUCAAAGGGGGGACCCAGAUCAAUUUUACAGUGGCCAUCGAUUUCACCGCGUCCAAUGGGAACCCGUCCCAGUCCACCUCACUGCACUACAUGAACCCGUACCAGAUGAACGCGUAUGCCAUGGCGCUGAAGGCAGUGGGCGAGAUCAUCCAAGACUACGACAGCGACAAGAUGUUCCCCGCGCUGGGCUUCGGUGCCAAGCUGCCUCCUGAUGGAAGAGUCUCGCACGAAUUCCCUCUGAAUGGCAAUACAGAAAACCCAUACUGCAAUGGGAUAGAGGGAAUAUUAGAAGCCUACCACCAGAGCCUGAAGACUGUUCAACUCUAUGGGCCAACCAACUUUGCACCAGUUGUCAACCACGUGGCAAGGUAUGCAGCUGCCGUGCAGGAUGGCUCGCAGUAUUUCAUCCUCCUAAUUAUCACAGAUGGGGUCAUAUCGGAUAUGGCUCAGACAAAGGAAGCCAUUGUGAGCGCUGCUAAACUUCCAAUGUCCAUCAUCAUUGUUGGAGUGGGACAGGCUGAAUUUGAUGCAAUGGUGGAAUUGGAUGGAGAUGAUAUCAGAAUCUCUUCCCGAGGGAAGUUGGCUGAGCGCGAUAUUGUCCAGUUCGUCCCGUUUCGAGAUUACAUGGACCGCACAGGGAACCACGUGCUCAGCAUGGCCCGGCUGGCCAAGGACGUCCUGGCAGAGAUCCCAGAGCAGUUCAUCUCCUACAUGAAGACGCGGGGCAUCAAACCCAACCCGUCCCCGCCCCCCUACACGCCCCCCAGCCACACCCUCCACACACAGAUCUGACAGCAGAGCCGGUGGAGGGCCCCGGGACACGUAGAGGGGUCUUGAAUGUCUUGUGUAUCAGCCGCUCGUGUUCUGUCCAUAGAUAGCAGGGUGAGAAGCAGAAGAGUCGGUAUUUUGUACUGUUACUGUCACGCAACAAACUGAGAUACACUGAGAUACACUGACAAAGGCACGUUGUAAGACAAAGGACCGGGAGAGAGAGAGAGAGAGAAGAGAAAGAAAGGAAUGGCUUUUUUUGUCACACAGAAGAGUGUGGUUCUGAUUGUGUAGAUUCCUCUUCCCGUGUGUGAUUGUCUACCUGUUCUGAAGACCUUGUAGUGUGAUGAGCGCUGAGCAGUGCGUAGGAGAAAGCUGUACGUUUGUAUGUAGAUACCUUUCUAAACGGUGUCCUUUGGGUUAUGAAGUUUACACACAAUGAUUUAUAGAGUUUUAACUAUUUAUAAUGGAAAAUAUCAGUGUCCUUGAGGGGACCAUUUCCUUUUAUGAAGUUUAUUUGAAGUCGAAGCAUCUACUAGCGGCUUUCCUAAUAACAGUGACGAACAAAGCAUGACAUGGAGCAACUAAGUAGCUCUUCAGCAUAAUAUUAAAAUUAGUUUUUUUUAGUCUUAAUGCUAAUUGCCUUUUUCUUCUCCCUUGGCUAUAAUGAAUCCUGCUGGGAAUGAGAAUGCGUGCUCCUCGAGAGGUCUUCACGUUUCACACUGGCCUGCUGUGAUCUGUUUUGUUUUACCUGCUCAAAGCCGCUCGAGGUUGAACAGAGGACUCUUGUGACAGCACACCAAAAUAAAUCAUCGAAUUACUUCUUAACAAUCAUCUUCAUGGUGCACUGCACCUCCCUCUUUAGAAGACACACCGUAUGAAAGGGUCUAAACCUAUAGUGUCUACACAACCCCUAGUAUUUAUCUACUGCUUCUCUUAUUAGGAGUGACGAUUGCAAUCGUUAAUAACAUUUUACACCAGUAUGACACUCUCAGUUACUUAUGUAUGCAAAACAUCAUGGUAAAACUAACAAAUAUGUGCAGGAAGCCGGAACUCUGAAUCCCAAAACCUACCGAAUCUGUUUCUCUCAUUUGGCACCAAACACAAAAUAUGAAAGUCUGGUCCUGUAAUCUCUAGUUCAGCCCUGUUUGGUAAUAAAAGAGGAUCUUGCAUGGCUAUAAAAGCAUCAGCAGGAACCAUUUGGCCUGACCUUGUUCUGCUAGAUAUCAACAGCGCAGAGUAUGCAAUUCUCUGGCUCCUUUUUUUUCUCUCUUGGUAACGGUUGCUCAGUUGCUUGCAAAAUGUUCCUCGUUGUAUAAAAAUGUCCACGUCAGGUAGAAGAAAACAUCAAUGCAGCAGUUUACCCAUCUUUAAAGAUCUCUGAGCUAUUGUGUUUGAAUGUCUCACUCCUCUGAAUGAAGCGCGACCCGGCUUUCUGAAAAAUGUCCUCCCAGCAACUUAGGCCCAUGUUUUGAUUGGUAAAUGAGCCCCUUGUGGGCAUAUCUUGGAACUGCUCACCCACAUCCCCCCCUAUCAUCCCCCUGAUUGGACGGUCAGCAGGAGGCGGUGUCCAGUUAUCUCAUUUUGUAAUGUACGUGUUUAUUAAUAAAUCAUUCAUCAUAUCUGUUCAACGCUCUUUAAAAUCAGCGCUGAAUUCCCUUCAGCGACUGUCUAGAUUUUCAGAACAGUAUAUAACGGAUAAUGAUGUAAUACAUAUUGAAUUAUUACCAUUGUUUUUUAUGGGGCAUUCACAUUUGCUGUUCAGUAAAAGCAAAAUAGGAAGGAAGGGGGGCAGCUUAAGCCUUUUUUAAAUUAAACAAUUUAAAGAAAUGAAAGCCCAAACACUUGAAUUGCUUUAGUGAUUACACCAUUUUAUAAUACAAAAAUUACAUUACAAACAACUUUUUAAAAUCGUUAUUCAUUAUCAUUAAACUGCACUUGUACCCACAGAUGUUUUGAAUACAUAUUUAAAAAGGAUAUUUAUAUGUGAAGUUAAAUAUAUAGCAAACAAUUUGGAGACUGUCUGCCCCAAUAUUACAAUGAGGGCUCAUUUUUACAGGAAUAAAAAUAAAGAAAAAACAUUUUGACUUUGAUACAGCAUCGUUUUCAAAGUGAUCUAUUCAGCAUUUUAAUAACUUCCUAAACUGACUGAAAUAUAAACGCCUACAAGUAGCUAUUUAUCUACUUUAUAAACUAGAAUUGUGUCGUUUCUCUGCCUGUGUUUAGAAAGAGAACACUGUUGAGCGAUUAAUCAUGAAUUAAAAUGGCACGCUUACAAUAACAAUGUGGACGAAGAGAUACAAAUCAUGUUAAAUGCUGAAUAUUAAACAUAUGCUUCAAAAUCCAAAUGCAUUUUCUAAUAUUUAAUAUGUGUUGACUUGGCACCUUUCUUUAUCAGUAGGCAGAUAACUACCUUUAAGUUAUAGAACAAUAUGCAUUAACAACACAAUGUUUGGAAAGUAGUCAGUUUCCUGAUCACAUCAUUUCAUGCUAAUGCUGAGAGCAUGUAUUUAAUAUUAUAAAGAGUGUGUAACCGUGUAGUAGUUAAAAACAUCACACUAACAUCUGGCAAGGGAUUUACAAUGUCAUUCUGAUCUGCAGUGACUGCUUUUCUGCUUUUCUUCUUUCAGUAUUUUACUGUGCACUUGGUCCCAUUAUCUGAAUAGUAUUCACAACAGUACUGAUGGACUGCCAGGCAUUGAUUUAGAGAGAACCAGGCCAAGUCUCAAACUGUGGAAGGACCAAGUGAUGGGCAACGAAACUAAAUAAAGGUGCUGCAGCUGAGACCUAUAGAGGUCAACGCAUGGGCUGCCUAAUGAGGCAGGGUUCAGUAUCUAGAGAACAUGGGAACAGCACAAUGUAACAUUUCCUAAUUGAUUUCUUUUGCACAUAGCGACAGCUCCAAAGCAAAGCAG